ACUAUUUUGUAAAUAUGGAUUUAAGUAAGAACUGAAAGUUAUUCAACCGGUUACCAACAGGCUGAAUAAAGUAUUGUAAUAAUAGGCAAUACACCGAAAAUACUAAAAAAAUAACUGAACAUGCCAAUAGCGAGAGAACAAUGUUUGUUGUUCCAGAUGUUUUCGUUGCUUCCAGAGCGAGAUGAAUGGAUCUAAGGAUUGUCCAGAAGGAGUGUCACAAGUGGAUAUCACCGAUAGUCACAAUGUGACCAUUGUACUGACCGUGACAUGCAGUGUUCUGGCCGCUUACAUAGGUAUCGCUAACCUAACCGUCAUUCUUGCCCUGUGCCGUCGUAGAGCGCAGUCGCCGAGGAAUGGGCUUCGCGCUUCCGGCGGAAGUAACAGCCCGCCAUGUCAUAUUCUUAUCGUCUCCAUGUCCGUGUCGGAUGCUAUUAUUGGAUUUUUCAGCCUGCCUCUUGGGGCAUACGUCAUAGGCAACAACGGAAUCUGGGCACUGGGCAAGGAGCUCUGCUCCGCCUGGAUUUGGCUGGACAAGGUUUUAUGCACAGUCUCCAUCUACCACGUGGCUUUGAUGGCUCUGGACCGAUACAUCGCCGUCUGCCGACCUCUUUUGUACCGCCUGAUGUCUAAGAAAACUACGCUGACUCUCGUUUUCCUGUCCUGGCUACUCCCGUCUAUAACCAGCACUAUCAUGAUGUCAGGGGGGUGGCAUCAUAGCGACAUCGACUGGCUGCUCAACUGCGCGGAACUGGUCGGAAUCUGCACACCAAUUUACAACCGGACUUACCUGAUUGUUAUUUCAAUCUUAGACUUUUUUCUACCAUUCCUCGUUAUUUUUGUGUUCUACUUUCUAGUGACAGUAGAAAUUUGUCGACUAGACAAAAAGCUAAUCUCCCCGGGCUUAAAGAUUAAGUUACCCAAGAUGAAGCCGAAUUCACUUGUAAAAUGUAUCCAGAGAUUAUGUAGCUGGAAACACAGAGCGCAACCUGGAGAAGACUUAGAGCUAAAUAGAGGGUCAUCAAGCGAAGACAAUAAAGAUGAAGAGAAACCUAUUGAGGCUGAAGGCUCAGCCUUAGAACUUAUCCUACAGCCUAUUUAUUUCAGGAAUGCCAAGGAUUCAAUAAAAGAAACGGAACUAACUUUAAAAUCUUUCGACGUAGAAAGCAACACAGACUCAGAUGAGAAGAGUACACAAGGACUUGUCCUCUCCUGUGGAGAUCAUAACCCUCAAGAGAAUGAAAUAGAUAGCAUUUUUUACGAUUCUAAUGUCCAGGACUUAAAGUGCGAUCGGGAGAAAAUAUUCAAAACCAAAGACACCAAAUCUAUAACUGAAAAAAAAUUCAACCCCAAAACCAGAAAAAGCUUUAAACAAACAAAAUGCACGGUAAGCCGUGAGGAUUCCAUAAACGAGACAGAAAUGUCUAACUCGGAUAUAUCCGUUUUUACAUUAUCUUCACCUAAUUUUAUCCGCACCGUCAAUAGCGGUGCAAUUAAUGACAGAGGGGCACUAAAAGUAUUUCAAACUCGUCUCAAGUACGUCAUUUCCGCUGAAAACGCUAACCGGAAGUCACGUGACAAGCCGGAAGCAUCCCCGACGAGAAAGAGAAGCAACCAGCAAAAUAAAACAAGCAAAGCGUUCACUACUAUCGGAUGUGUCGUUGUCUGUUUCACCGUCUGCUGGCUUCCAUUCAGCGUGUACAAUUUCGCACUUGUCUACAGUGGCUACAAGAUGGCUACUUGGCCGUUUCUGCUGUUCACAUGGAUGGGCUACCUGAACUCGGCCAUGAACCCCAUUUUUUACUGCUUUACAAGCUCUGUGCGGCAGGCGAUUUUCGCCUUACUGAGACCGUCCAAACAACGGAAAUGAUCUUAUAAAGAUGGCGUCUUAGCCUAAGAGAUAAAAUGACUUCAUCUCUUCCAAGCAACUAUCACCACCCUUUAUAACCCCAUCUCCCAACAUUUUAAACGUUUCAUUCAUGCUUCGCAAAAUUCUUGCCUUUAGUGAACUAUUCGUUUAAUAACUUUUAAAUUGUAAAUAGUCAUGUCUUGUUUGUCUUUUUAGCGGCUUCACAUAUUACAUAAUGGCAUGCGUAUUUUUUACAAGCUAUAUAUUUAUAAAUCACUCUGUCUGUCUGUCUGUCUGUCUGUCUGGUACAAAUGUUGUACACGUUAUUUCUCCCAUUUCCCAUUCUCGGAUCAAGUUGAUACUUUGUCACUGACAACACGUGAAAAUUUAAAAAAAAAAAAUAUUAAUUAGUGGCAAUUUAUAAAUUUUGUUGGGUUUUUUUAAUUUAGAAAAAAGAGAAAUAAAUCUGGCAAUAUUUGAUAACUAUUGCAGUAAUUGUUUGGUUCUUUCCCUUAUAUAAGCUUUAUAAACUCCUUUAUCCCACUAGCGGUCAGAGUGUUACAAGAUCAGCUGUCGUCAUCGAGAAGUACAUAGAAGUCAAACUCAUAAAGCGCUGGGUGUGAGUGUGUAUGUGUUUCGUGAGUGAAUGUUGUUCGAAUUUUUCAUCCAUAUUGUUUUUGUAAAGUAGUUACGCUGAGGUUGUCAAUUGUAGUCAAACUGAAUUUCCAUUUGAUUGGAUCAAUAAAAUUAUCUUAUCUUA